AUGAAUGCAAAGAAGAACAAAACACUCAAGCAGCUGCAGGCAAGAAUAGCAAGCGAGUCUCCGCUCUACACGGCUCUAUUCAACAGAGUUUCAGUAAAGCCGCAGCUGCAGCUGUGCGACAUCACAGGGCUACCUGCAAAGUAUGUCUGCCCUAAAACAGGCCUGCAGUAUAACUCUUGCAAAGUAUACAAGAAGAUCCGGGAAAUGCCAACUGAAGCAGCACAGACCCUUGGAAGCAUCCGACAGCUAGGAAAAGAGCUUUCCACACUAACAAAGAAAUAA